AUGAAUCAACUUAUAUCUAUUCCAUCAAAUAAUACUUCUAAAUUAAAUAAUAGUCUAGUUAAAAACGAUUGGAAUGAAUAUCAACAUCUGUCUACACAAGGUCGUUAUAUUGAACCAAAAAUAUUUUCUGGAUUUCAAAAACAACGAAUAGAAUUAAAAUCAGUUAAAAAACAAUCAUAUAUUCAAAAAGUACCAUCUAUUCGACGUAUAGAACGUAAUGAUAGUUUAUGUCGUUUACCAGAUGAACAUUCUCGUCAAACAACUUCAUUUUGUGAAACACAAUUUCAAAAUUUUGAUCCUAAAAGAGAUGAAUCAUUUCUUGAAUUUGCUGGACUAAAUUGGCACAGUACAAGUAAAUCACUUCUAGGUGUUAAUGAUUCUCCAUUAUUACCACAUGAUUCAUCUGUAGAAUUUGGUGCUAGAUUACGAGUUGAUAAAUCACAAAAAGAUAUACGUCCAUCUCAAGCAAAACUUUAUCGAAGUCCAUCAUUAUUUUCAACGUCACCUUCAGUACCAUUAACAAAAUUGAUUAAAUAUAAUGAUCAUAAUUUUAGUCAAAGUCCAAGAGCACAACAUUAUUUAAAUAAAAAUAAUUCAAAUAGACCAAUGCAGCGUAUUUUUCGUUCAUCAAGUAUGUAUGCAGAUGAAUCAGUUGUUCCAUGGCAUUCAACUGUUAAUAAUGAUGGUUUAAAAUCUACUCGGUUCUAA